GAUGAUAAGAGAACCCAAUUUUCUAACUCCGAAACCAAGCCACUCACUCAAAGUAGACUCUCCAAACAGAAGUACGUACUGCGCGGCCGAGGAAGCAUCCGAAUCCGUUGAAUAGGAAGCCUUUGAUCCACUUUCUGAGAGCACUGAAUCAUGGCACCAGCACCUGAAUGGAGUCAUUUGAAUGGGAACUCGUAGAGUUAUGCAUUGAAUCGGUGAGUUUUGAGCAUGUUUAGGAUAUCACUACAAGGCAAGUGAAUGCUGAGAUAAAGAAAAAAUACUUCAACUUCUUAUGUUGGUAAUUAAUAGGAUAUAACAUGUGUUGGCUUUGAUCACACUAUAAUGAUGGGCACCUAUUGCAAUAACCUACUGUGCAACUUUUAUCAUCCAAACUACUCAAUAACCAAUGAUGUUACCAAAUUUUGUCGAGUUCUGACCAGAGGAAACUCAUUAUGCCAAAACCCCGUUUAUUUUGGUUUGCGUAAACACCGUUUUGAUUCAGUAUUAGUGAGUGUUGGUUUGGAGGAAGUUGUUAAAGAAGAAGGGAAAGAAGACAAUGACAGAAGGUAUAGGUGGAUUGAGGUUGGCAAAAAUGUCACAAAAGAACAACAACAGGCCAUAUCUAAACUUCCUUUCAGGAUGGCCGAUCGAUGCAAAGCCUUGAUGAGACAGAUUAUAUGUUUUUCUGCAGAAAAGGGCUCCAUGUCUGAUCUUUUGAGAUCAUGGGUGAAGUUAAUGAAGCCUACCAGAGCAGACUGGCUUUCAGUUCUGAAAGAGUUGAAAAUAAGGGAACAUCCUGUUUACCUUGAGGUUGCAAAACAUGCUCUUAUGGAAGAAUCCUUUGAAGUCAAUAUUCGUGACUACACAAAGAUAAUACAUUAUUAUGGCGAGCACAAUCUAUUGGAAGAUGCGGAAAAAUUUCUUGCACUCAUGAAGCAAAGGGGCUUCAUCUAUGAUCAGGUAAUUCUGACUACCAUGGUUCACAUGUACAGCAAGGCUGGCAAUCAUGACCGGGCCAAGGAGUACUUUGAAGAGAUCAAAUUGCUCGGCGAACCUUUGGAUAAAAGAUCGUAUGGCUCAAUGAUCAUGGCCUACAUCAGAGCUGGAAUGCCUGAAGAAGGAGAGAAUUUACUUCAAGAAAUGGAGGCACAAGAAAUACUCGCAGGCAGCGAGGUUUACAAGGCGCUGCUUAGAGCCUACUCUAUGAUUGGUAAUGCUGAAGGUGCACAAAGGGUGUUUGAUGCAAUUCAACUGGCCGGUAUCACCCCAGAUGAUAAGAUUUGUAGUUUGGUUGUUAAUGCUUAUGUUAUGGCUGGGCAAAGUCAGAAGGCUCUCAUUGCAUUUGAAAAUAUGAGAAGAGCAGGUAUCAAACCUAGUGAUAAAUGCAUAGCUUCAGUGUUGGUUGCAUAUGAGAAGGAAAGUAAGAUAAAUACUGCAUUAGAAUUUCUAAUAGAUUUGGAGAGAGAUGGCAUUAUGGUUGAGGAAGAAGCUUCUGCGGUACUAGCUAAGUGGUUCCGAAAACUAGGGGUGGUGGAAGAGGUAGAGCUUGUUUUAAGAGACUUUGUUACUAGUAAUCAGAUAAGCUAAUGAACUCUUGAAAAUAAUGCAUGAGAAUAUUUUUUUUAUAACUUAUAUCAAGCAUCGGAAUGUAUGUUACAUUCUCAAGUUCACA